AUGGCUCCAGUUUCGUGGUGGCUCAAGGUCGCCCUCGGCUUGCUCAUGGUAGUCUCCAUCAUCGAGUUGGGAUUCGUGACCGCCACCGUCGGAUGGCUACACAGUACCGCCAGCAAGGGCUUCCGGUUCAGAUCCAACACCUCGACAUACCAGCUAGCCGGCAUCCCAUCGGCCUUUCUAGUUGACCAAGGCCAUACAAGCAACGGCGCCGCGGGGACAGCGUUCGUACUCAUCGGUCUCGGCGGCAUCGUCGCGUUGUGGAUACGGAGCAGGAUCGACUACCAUUCGAGCAACCCGGCCAGGUUUAUAUACUAUCUUUGGCUCGCGCUCAACGUCCCAGCCCUCCUGCUCACGGCAGGCGCCCUGGGCUACGUCUUCUACGUCACGAAUGCCCGCCGCGGUCAGACCAUCGACGUGGCGCUGGCCGCGAAGCUGGACGGUAGCCCGUACACUCUAGGCUCGUGGACGCCGCAGAACUGGUUCGCGGCCGUGCUGCAGCUCGACCUGGUCGGCGGACGAGAUGACAUAUCGAGCCAUCUUCAGAUCAUGACGGGUUGGCAAUACAACCUCAUACCGUUCCUCGUCGUUCAGCUUGUGGAGACGGUGCUGGCGUUUAUGGAUUUCGUGCGGUGGAGGAAUAGUGGAGGCAAGAACGAAAGUUGGGUUAUCCAUAAUAAUGAUACUGCUUGA